CGGGAAACGGACGAACCAGGCAACCAGCAUCGGCCAGCGGUUUAUUUAAUAUUGUUAUUACUCAUUACACUCACCGCUUAUGCUCGCGCCACAUACCGUUUACCUGUAAUGUUGGUCGUGGGCGCCGCGUGUUCGUUUGGUUGAGUGCGAUUUUUAAUUGUUUGCCCGCGAUUUCACUUCGUCGGUAAUCGGCAGCCUCCGUUGGACACGAUCGUUUUUGUGGAAAUUGUUUGACCGCACGAAAACGGAUAUCGAAAUUCGUCCUCGCUGAUUUUUUUAAUUUUUUUUUUUUUUUUUUAAUCGUUUUUCAUCUAAAAUAAUAAUAUAUUUAACCGUUAUCAAUUUAUCAUCCGUGUGGUGUGGAUUACAAUACGUGAUAGCGGCGAACAAUAAUAAUAAAAAAGCAACACAUUUUCGGGCGGGUCUGCGAGGCGCGAGUGCAUCCUGUGAUAAGAGAUAAAGCGGUACGAGCCUCAAUCGCGGCCGGUUGUUGUUUCAUAACGCAAUUAUUUAGGUACCCAGUGCCCAACGUUAAUAAUUAUAGAAAUUAUGGUAUAUAUUUUUUCACCGUGUUUAGUAUUUAAUUUUUUGUUUCCACGUUGCUGUUGAACGGAUGUGCAUAGUGCGACAGUCACCGAAGUCGUGUUUACUUGGCCGCUCGUAUCUAGUAUAGUUAAACCGGUUUGAAUGUGUGCCCAUCAAAUUUUUUUUUUUCAAACGACCCAAGUGAAGUGAACCCAACAACGACGACCACACCAACAUUUUCGUUGUCAAACCAUCUUCACCGUAAAACUACGGGUAAUGGACGCGUGAACCACACGACCAUCCUGUGCUCGGACUUAUACCCACGAGAUAAUGUCCACGACGCCGUUCGUGGUCAAGCACGAUGGGAAGAAGCACAAUAUUGAACAUUUUUUGCGCUUCCACCCGGGUGGCACCAACACAUUGUCAUUAUUGAAGAACGCCGAUGUCACUAAUCGGCUGUUGGCUACUCAUCACUCUGCUGCUGCAUACGAGUUGCUCAAAGAUUAUAGAGUAGACGAGGAAGAUGUACACAAACAUAUUAGAGAGGAUGGCGAUCUAGAAAGCCUUGUGGAUUGGAAUCGACCCAUGUUUUGGCAAGUUGGAUCGCUAGGCCCAAAGUAUAAACAAUGGGUAUUGGCUCCUGUUGAUCGAAAACUGAGAUUGUUUGGGUCCGACUUCAUUGAAUCGCUAACCAUUACUUCAUGGUAUAUGGUGCCAUCGAUUUGGAUACCUGUGAUGUGUUACUUGAUAUUCAUUGGUUACCAGAGGUUAAGCAGUUCAAUAGAUCAAACAAUUAAUUCAGAUAAUUUUACGAUAGGAAUAUUGGUCAUAAGUUCAACUAUUUUGGGCUUACUUUUGUGGCCUCUCAUUGAAUACACCAUUCAUCGUUGGCUGUUUCAUCUACAGCCUCCAGACAACUCACCAUUACUUAUCACAUUGCAUUUCGGCAUUCAUGGACUACAUCACAAGGUACCAUUUGAUGACCGACGGUUAUUAUUUCCGCCGGGACCAGCCGCAGUACUCAUAUCGGCUGCGUACGCUAUAUACCUGAUGCUGUUUCCUCAUUGGAUGGCGCCGCUGGUAUUGGCCGGAAUGAUUGCGGGCUAUGUAACUUAUGAUUUAAUACAUUUCUACUUACACUACGGAUGUCCCAGGGAAGGCUCGUACCUGUAUUCAAUGAAAAGAUACCACAACCAACAUCAUUUCGCGCACCACGAUAGCGGUUUCGGUAUCAGCAGCCAAUUUUGGGACCACAUAUUCGGCACAGAGAUUAUCCUGAAAAAGCUUAGCCGAUGUUUAAAAUGGUACUAACCUGCUACCUGUGAACUCGUGCCUUAUAAAUUAUAAUAAAAUAUAUAUUAAAAAAGAAAUUAAAAUAUAAUAUAUAUAUAUAUAUAUAUUAACUUAUUCAUAUAUAUGUAUAUAUGUAUACAAAGUAUAUAUGUAUAUUGAUAUAUACAAUUAUUAUUAUUAUUAUUAUUAUUAAUUAUUAUGAUACAAAGGAAAGAAAUCACACCAAAUCUCGGAGUGCCUAUCUAAUGAAACUCAAAUAUUACAAUUAAUGAUUUAACAAAUAAUGAUCCGCUCACGGAAGCAGUCAUAACACGACGGUAUAUUAUAUAUAUAUGUAACUCGUUUAAUUUUGUUAUAUAUACAAUAUAUAUAAAUGUAUUUAUUGUCGCUUUUCAUUGCUAUUUUGUUCAAAGGUAUUACAAAACUUAAAAGCUGUUUUGUUGUUACUCUGUACAUUAUCAUUAUUAUUAUUAUUGUUUUUUUUUUUUUUUUGUCUUUUUAAAUAAUAAAAACAAUAUUAUUUAUACUUAGA